GUGUCUUUUUUUUUCUUGUAAACACAACAGGCCAACACAAAACAUCACCUCACUGUAACGGUAGAAAUCUUUGUCACUGGUUGUUUUACCAGCCACCGUAUAACUCAGUAUUGGGCGAAUGAGCGACGUCGCUUCUCCUGCUGAUUCACCGUUCAGCUCUUCGCGGAAUGAUAACAAACUGUCAGCUAACAGCUAGCUAAGCUAACGCUAAGCCAAAUCGUUCAGACGGCAGCUAGUUAGCUUAGCUCCAGUCGACACUUGCUAAGUGUCCCUCAGUCUAAGAGAGAAUCGGACCCUCUCAUGGUGGUCUCAGUUCAAUGGGGAACUGUCUGUUUUCGCAAGGUGCGGAUGACCUGUCGCUGUUGAACGAGUCUGAGGGGGGCAGUCUGCCCGGAGAGCCUCCGCCGCCAUACCAAGAGCGCGCUCAACCGGUGCCAGUGUACCAUCCCACACCAGGUGAGAGUCGUCUGGCCAGCCAGCUGACCGAGGAGGAGCAGGUCCGCAUUGCGCAGCGCAUUGGUCUCAUCCAGCACCUACCCAAAGGCAUCUUUGACCCAGGCUCUGACCCCUCUGACAAAAAAGUUAAAGAGUGUGUGAUCUGCAUGAUGGAUUUUGAGUAUGGCGAUCCCAUUCGGUUCUUGCCCUGCCUUCACAUCUACCACGUGGAUUGCAUUGACCCCUGGCUGAUGCGCUCCUUCACCUGCCCAUCCUGCAUGGAGCCGGUAGAUGCAGCCCUGCUGUCCACGUAUGAAACCAACUGAGCAGCCCCAGGUGGCUGCUCCUGCCUAAAAGUAACUGCACCUUUUUUUAGCCAAAACUGUCCUAGCUGUUCAGACAGGAAGCCAAGGUGGUGUGGCAUUAUGCAGAUGUUUGCAGGGUGUUUUAGGAUGCAGUCAGAUGUUGAAAACUGUGCCCUACAGUACAUUGCUUAGGUCUGACUCUUUGCCUUUAAUAGUAGGACAAUGUGCCAAAUCGAUGAAGAAUAUGGAAAGCUGAACAAGUAGCAAAAUAUUACUGCAAAGUAAUUUAACUUUUGUAUGACUGACAGUCAAUUUUAAUUUGUGAUUGUUAUUGGUAAUGCAUGUCACCAAUGUCAUUUACUUCCCCUUUCAAGACAUGAUGUGCAAUAUGUUAUAUCAAAGGAGAAAAUGCAGGAGAUUCAUCUUGGUCAAGUAGACAGCAUUGUUUUUCAGAAAUGCCAGUGAAAACAUGAAGUGAAGUUACUGUGUUUUUCCAAAUGAUACCAUGGCCUUGAAUGUCACAAAAAAAAAAAAACAUGCCUGUCUACUGAAAUGCAAUCAUCAAAACAGAGAAAAAUGAUUUAGGUUUUUCUGAGCAAAGAUAUGCUAAGAGGUCCCAUGAUAAUUCAUGAGAAUCAUCAUUUUAGCUUUUGAAGAUUGAUUCUUUUAUAUUUGACUUGGGUUCAUUGUCUGUACUGUAGUUUUUUCCCUUUUAAGCUGCUUUUAUUAUGUGGAUCUGUUUUUGUUUUUGUUUUUUGCCUUUCCACAAAACGGAUCCUCUCCUUUGCUUUGCCUCGGGUUUGUGCUCUUUGUUUUGUUUUAAAAAAUCAGUCCUUUGUGUGUACUUUCAUUGUUUACUGUCAGUGACAUUUACAAAGACAACAUAUGCUGUGCAGUCCCUCUUAAAGCACCUUGGGAUACCCCUUAUCUGGCACUCUGUAGCUUGUAGAUUUCAUAGAUGAUUGUGUGUUUUGAUGUGCGUCCGUGUAUGAGUGCGUGCGCGCGCGUGUGUGUUUUGAGGCAAUGGUGGAUAGAGAUUGGCAUGUUGAGGUAACUUUGUGAAUUAACCCUGUCCGUUGUAAACCACGCUGUAGUUGUCUCUCUUUUUCUAGUAUGAAGAUUUUGGAUCUUUGUUUUGUGCUGAUGGCCUUCUUACAGCAAGUGAUGCAUUUCCAGAGCUCCUGGGGCUGGUCAAACAAAAUGCUUUUACCCUUUGAGUGUUAGACGUGUACUCUCCGAUGCUGACUGCAUAAUGUAUAGCACAAACAAGAUAUUGAGAGAGAAGCUACAGCAGUAGAAAGGAAAGUACGUUGAAUGUAAAGCAUUAUUUCAGCUUUCAAAGAUUUGGACAGCAUAAGUGACAAUAAGAGGACAUUUCUGAUUUACUCAUUUUGCUGUGCCUUUUAAGGUUGAGGUAAGCCAAUUCCAGUGAAGUACAAUCAUUUCUCGACAUGACUUUUGUUUUUUCUUUUAGUUGUCCUCAAGGGGGAGACAGAUACCAGCACUGUACUGAUUUGUGUCACUAUCAAACAGGCCUAGGACGAAGCCAGAAGUUUGCCCUGGCUGCCGUUAACAAUCAUUUUCCAUUUUAAUUUAUAAUAUGUGCCACCAGUGCACAGGUUUUAGGAAAAUCUUGAAAACACAAUAAAAGUGGAUACCAAAUUUUACACGAGUAUGAUGUGCUGCUUAUUAAACACAUUUUAGAGCUGAA